AUGGGAGAUAAAAAGAUGCAAAAUGACCUAAAGGACAUUCUGGAUCAGUCUGCAGAGAAGCUGUCGCAAUUCCUCUCCGAACACAGCCUGCCCGGGACAAGAAAGGGGAUUGAAUAUCUCAAAUGAGUUGUCAAAUGUUUGAACCACCUCACAGGCUUGAAGCCAGGCAUUUUGCUGGAUCCCAUUUACAUUGGUCUCUUUGGCAGCACCGGGCCAGGGAAAAACACGUUGCUGAAUACCAUCACAGACAAAAACAACGUCUUGCCGGUGUCCGGGAGCAAAGCCUGCACAUCCCACGUGGUGCAGGUCAACACAAGCCACAGCAAACAGCAUGAGGCAAAAAUUCACCUUCUCACAGAUGAGGAGUGGAAGGAUGAGCUGAAGGGUCUGGUGGCACUUGCGGACCUGGAUGAAGAUGAGGAUGACAAUGAAAGAAACGAGGCUGUUUUGAAGAUCUCUGCUAUCUAUGGGGAAGAAGCUGAAACGAAGAGUUAUGAAGAACUGUGUAGGAUGAAACCCAUCGUCCGUAUUCCCCAUUCAAGAUGGAUCACCCUCAGGGAAACGCAUGAAGAAGACCUUUCUGAAAAAAUGGGCCCAUAUAUCUGGAUUCGGAGCAUCCGUAGUGGUGCGAAAGCAGGAACAAGCGAAGAAGACAGAAAAACACGGCCCUGGCCUCUAAUCAAAAAUGUGGAAGUGACUGUCCCAAGGUUGCAAGUGGUUCCAGAAGGUGUCGUCUUCGUGGAUAUUCCAGGGAUGGGUGAUUUCAACAGCAAAAGGGAUGCGAUGUGGAAAGAGAUGACUGGCAUAAACAUCAACAAAUGCUCUGUCGUUUGGGUGGCCAGCUCCAUCGCACGUAUUCAGGGAGACAAAAUCCAUGAGAUGCUGCUGAAAGAAGGCAUGAAGGCUUUCCAGUGUGGGAUGCGCAGGGACAUCUCCUUGGUGGUCACAAAGUCUGAUCAGAUGGAUCUAAGUGAAUACAAGUCUCCUUCAGGACUAGGACCCGUUGCUAUAACCAAGAUCCUGAAGCUGAGGGCAUACAUCCAGACGUUUUACAUAGUGCAGAAGAGGAACAUACUGAUGGAUUACGUGACAGAGGCUUUGGUCAUUUUCUCACUGAUAUUCAGUCUCCAGUCCAACCAAGAUGCACAGUACCAGCAUGUGAAGAAAAGUCACUUGAAAGACUUAAUUAUGCAGAAGAUCGUCGAUUUGGAGGAAGAUGUUGAGAAAUGUUUUAUACCGAUCGAACAACCUCUCAAUGAAGGUGUAGACCAAGCAAAGAAGUUGUAUAAGAAAAAUAUCCACAAGAUCCUCAAUGUGAAUCAUGGGUACCAGGGUUAUCACAGGAAAGCCGUGUGCCUGAACAAGAGGAUGUACACGACCCGGACCUUCUGCCUGAUAGACCUCAAUGACUCCAAAAUCGACGUGAGUUUUGGAAACAUGUUCAGGAUCCAGAUGGGCGCCUGCUCCACACUGAAAGCCCACCUUGACACGUUCGAAGAUGCCAUGCAGCAGCAACUGCAGAAAGCCAUGAUGAAGUACCCAGUGGCUGACAUAAAGUACAAGCUCAGGUUCCUUCAGCAGGAGACAGACUUCAUCAUCAGGGAGACUGAAAAAGUCAUCCUCCAGAAGAAAGCAGAAAUCUACCACUCCCUUACUCUCUCCGUUCAAAACGACCUGCUGCCAUGCUAUGAAGAUGCUGCCAGGCACAGUGGAGUACAAGCCCACAAGAGGAUGUAAACCAUCCUUAAAGGGAUAAAGAGUAAGUCGGAAAAGGGAAUGUUUGAAGAAGCGCAGGCGAGCAUGAGAAGGCACUUCCAGGAUCUGAAGGUAGAGGUCAUCAAGAAGACAGAGAAGGACUUCUCCAACACGCUCAGCCUCGCCUUUUGCCCAUGGGACCAACUCAACGGCAAGCUGCCAGGCUCGCAGAAGGAGUUCUUCUUCAUCCACACCAUUCAUGAGAACCUGCAUGCAGCCAGACAUGCUCAGAGUGCUGUGGGGAUCGUCUCAGAUGAUUCAGUUUUAUUAUUCAUGUUGGUGGCUUGCUCUCUUUACUCUGUGGGUUCGUAA